AUGUCGUACUCAUGGAUCGGUCCUCCGGCCGAGUUCAAUGGCACCGAUUCAAUCACUGGUGGUGACUCUGUCACCGAGAACCUCAACCAAUGGUACUCAUCGGGUGAUCAAGCCUACAUCCUCGUGGCUUCGGCCAUGGUGUUGAUCAUGAUUCCCGGUCUCGCAUUCCUCUACUCCGGUCUUGCUCGCAGAAAGUCCGCCCUAUCCCUCAUCUGGGCCUGCAUGUUCUCCGCCUCCGUCAUUACCUUCCAAUGGUAUUUCUGGGGAUACUCGCUCGCUUUCGGUCCCUCCACAAAUGGUUUCAUCGGCAACCUCGACAAGUUUGGUCUCAAAGGCGUACUUGGUGCUCCCAGCCAAGGUAGUCCGCUGAUUCCUGAGCUGCUGUACUCUUUCUACCAGAUGCAAUUCUGCGCUGUCACCGCUGCCAUUGUUGUCGGUUGCGUAGCUGAGCGCGGUCGCUUAAUCCCCAUGAUGGUUUUCAUUUGGCUCUGGGCCACGAUCGUAUACUGCCCCGUCGCAUACUGGGCUUGGAACGCAAACGGCUGGUUCUUCCUGUGGGGUGGACUCGAUUAUGCUGGUGGUGGUCCUGUCGAGAUCGUCUCUGGUUGCACAGCUUUGGCCUACUCCAUGAUCCUCGGACGUCGCCAGGAGAAGAUGAUGCUCAACUUCCGUCCUCAUAACGUCUCCUUGAUCACCCUCGGAACUGUCUUUCUAUGGUUCGGUUGGUUGGGCUUCAACGGUGGUUCCGCUUUCGGCGCUAACCUCCGUGCUGUCAUGGCAUGCUGGAACAGCAACCUUACCGCCAUGUUCGCCGCCAUGACUUGGGUCCUCCUUGAUUGGCGCCUUGCUCGCAAGUGGUCCAUGGUCGGAUGGUGCUCAGGUGUCAUCUCCGGACUUGUCGCUGCCACUCCCGCCUCUGGUUUUAUCCCUCCGUGGGCCAGCGUUAUCCUCGGUAUUACCACCGGUAUUGUUGCUAACUUUGCCACCAAGAUCAAGUUCUGGAUCAAGAUCGAUGAUUCUCUCGAUGUGUUCGCCGAGCACGGUGUCGCUGGAAUGUGGGGCCUUUUCUUCAACGGAAUCUUUGGUGCCGACUACAUCAUCGGUCUCGAUGGUGUCAACAACGGACUUACCGCUGGUGCCAUCACCGGCGAGGGAGCCGCAGUUUACAAGCAGAUCGCUUACAUCGUCGCCGUCACCGCCUACUCCUUCACCGUCAGCGCCAUCCUCGCCUUCGUUAUUGACAAGAUCCCCGGCCUUAAGCUUCGCGCAUCUGAGGAAGCUGAGCUUCUCGGCAUGGACGACGACCAGCUCGGUGAAUUCGCCUACGAUUACGUCGAGGUUCGCCGUGACUACCUUGCAUGGACACCCGCCAAGGGUGAGCCUAUCGAUGGCGAGCACUCCGUACCCCAAGGAGAGCGUCACGGUAUUCCCCAGCACAGCCAGAUGCUUGAGGGCAAGGCACCUUCGGAACACAGCUCAGGCCACGAGCACACUGGCAUUGCAGGCGACAGGCAUGCUAUGGCCAUGGGCUCCGAGCACGAGAAGCAGGUUCAAACCUAA